UGGCAAUUUGGACUGGUCAAAAAGACCUUUGAAAUUGAAGCGAGUACAAAAGCAUAUCUUCGUAAACUGCUUCCGAGUCGGAGGCGGAAUAAAAGGCUAUUGCAAGUCUUCAAUACGUAUGUCUUUGUUUCGCUCGCUUGUGUCUCUUAUAACCGGCGUAUUACCAAUUUCGCAGUAGCGUUCUUUUUGUAAUUUACUUCGAGCCAUUACUGCCUCGGGACGCUAGUCAAUCUAGCUGAGGCGCAGUCAUGUCCGACUACCGGAAAGUGCAGAUAAAGAGGUUCUCGAAGCCUGCGGGGAGGCGGACGACGGAGGCAACAUAUUGGAAGAAAUUCAAGUCUCCCAUACUUUUGAAAGAAUAUGCGGCAGUCACCUCGAUUCACUUCUCGGCGACGAGGCCACACGACUUUGCCGUGACCAGCUCCACCCGCGUUCAAGUAUACAGCCCCAGCACACACGCCGUAAAGAAGACGAUAUCGCGAUUUAAGGACACAGCAUACAGCGGAAACAUUCGCUCAGAUGGAAAACUGUUGGUGGCUGGUGAUGCUUCGGGGCUGGUGCAGCUGUUUGAUCUGGGAAGUCGUGCGAUUCUAAGGACGUUGAGGGGCCACGAUGGUCCGGUGCACGUAGCUCGAUUUUCCCCAGAUCAGAUGCAGAUUCUAUCAGGGUCAGACGAUAAAACAGUGCGAGUGUGGGACGUGCCAACGGAAAAGGAGCUUGCCAUUUUCACGGGACAUGAGGACUACGUUCGAGCGGCUAUUGUCAGUCAGGAAAACCCACACCUCGUCGUUUCGAGUUCCUACGAUCACACGGUGAAAUUAUGGGACGUGCGCUCCCAGGAAUGCACGAUGACGAUGCGACAUGACGCGCCGGUUGAGGCGUUGUUGAUGUUCCCAGGAAGUGGGAUGCUGGCCUCUGCAGGUGGCAACCAAGUAAAGCUGUGGGAUAUAUUCGGCGGUGGACGACACCUUCAGACAUUAGCGAACCACCAAAAAACGAUCACAUCAAUGACCUUCGACGGAUCAGGCACGCGGUUACUCACAGGAUCCCAUGAUCACCACGUGAAGAUCUACAGCCUUCGGGACUACAAAGUCGUGCAUAGCAUCAAAUACCCUGCUCCGGUUCAGAGCAUCGGCGUGUCGCCGGACGACACACACCUGGUGGUUGGUAUGAACAACGGCUUGCUCUCGAUACGACAGCGAAUGGUGAAGACGGCGGAUCUGGUGAACCCAUCAAAGGAGGUUGCACGCCGUGGGACGAAGAAGUUUUGGAACAGAGGGGCAGAUUACGUGCCAGAAGUGCACGACAUCCGCAUUGAAUCGCGGAGACGUAAGAAGCUGAAAGUAUACGAUAAGAUGAUGCGGGCUUUCCGAUUUGGAGACGCGUUGGAUGCUGUCCUGGCGGGGACACCGCAAGCAGUCAUAGUAGUCAGUUUGAUGGAAGAGCUAUACAACCGUGAAGACGCCCUCCGCGCCGCUCUGAGCGGUCGAGACGACAAAGGACUAGAACCCAUCCUCCGGUUCCUGAUCAAGCAAAUCAACAAUCCCAAGUUUUCGGCGUUUCUGAUUGACGUCGCUGAGCUGAUAAUUGACAUGUACGCAUCAGUCGCAGGCCAUUCCCCACUCAUCGACGACCUUCUCCGUCGGCUGAGAACAAAAGUCAACGACGAGAUCCAAAUACAAACGCGGUUAUCGGAGGUCAUGGGCUUCAUGGCGACUCUCUUGUCUAUCACAAAGUGAUCGGCCGAUCAACAACGCAGACACAUCAACCGCAAUAAUCAUAUUCCCCAUCAUCCACAUCCAUCACUCACACUGUAUUCAUCGCCCACACACUGCCGCACCCCCUUCAUCGUAGCUUCAUUCCAUUUUUGCAUGUAUUUAUUGCAUGUAUUUAUCCUUUGUCCAGCAUACAUAGACCCGCUCUUGACAUAGGUAGCUUUUAGCUAGAUAGCUAGCGGAGUACAAAAGAGGUAGCCCGUUCAGGGUGAACUAUCGAGUUUACAUUCCCUCAAACGAUGUCAAAACGCGCUGUCGAAUUGGAGCCUUCAUAGCUCCGUCGA